AUGGAGAAGGGAGCACAGCAACCUGUCGUCGAGAAGAGGGUGCAGACCCUCGGCACAGUCCGCUUGCGCCAUCAUGAAACGAACGAGAUUAUUCGUAUUCCCGUACCUUCUAAUGACCCCAACGACCCUCUGAACUGGUCUCAAUCGUACAAAUAUGUCAUGGUUGUUGUCAUUUGCCUCGCUAUGAUGAUGUCCAACUUCCUUGCUGCCGGACCAACCAUCGCCAUUGUUCAGACUGCAAUCGACUUCUUUCCCGAGCUUCCCGUCCCGAAAGCCGUCGGUCGCGUUGCCUACUUUUUCACCACGACGGCCUUGCUUCAGGGGACAAGCAACUUCUUCUGGGUCCCCCUAACGAACAAGUUUGGUCGGCGGCCGGUCUACAUUACGAGCUAUGCCAUCUAUUUUGCCGUUUGCGUGUGGCUUAUUUUCGAGACGCGCUACGGCGCUUUCCUUGCUGGUCGAAUUCUUUUGGGUAUCGGUUCAGGUGCAGCCGAAACCAUCGCGCCGCUGUCGAUCGCAGAUGUUUUCUUCCUUCACGAGCGCGGAUUCGUCAUGGCCCUCUACACCUCGUUCUUGUCGAUUGGCGUUGCCGCUGGGAUGAUUGUUGAUGGAUUCAUCGUCCUCAACCACGACUGGCGUGUCAUCUACCAGGUUGCCGCUGCUCUAAUUGGUUUUGUUCUGCUCCUUGCAAUCUUCGCGUUUCCAGAAACUGCAUACAUUCGACCUAUAGAGGGCAUAGAAGACAGCGAGACGGCCACAUCUGAUACCGCAUCAAAGAAGAGCGCCCCACCAAGACAUCUCGAACUCUCAUCGGCGGCCACGCCCCCUCCCAAAGAAACAUACUUUCAAAGCCUCAAAAUAUACCACCGUGUAUGGACCGAAGAAAGUUUGGUAAAAAUGUUCGUGCGGCCCCUGGGCCUCAUCAUCCUUCCUCCCGUGCUAUGGGCUGCCUUGGUUGAGUCCGUCACCAUCGGCUUCGUGGUGGCCGUGUCUUCGAACGUAGCCCCUGCCUACCAACAAGCCUACGGCUUCGAGCCUUGGAAAGUCGGUCUCUGUUUCAUUGCCGCCAUUAUCGGCUCGCUGAUGGGAAUCCCUGCCGGUGGCUGGUUGGCCGAUGUGGUCGCGGAUAUUUUUACUCGAAGGAAUGGCGGAGUGCGUGUCCCAGAGAUGCGACUACCAACCAUGAUGCUGUGCUUGAUCUCGACACCACUUUCACUGGUCCUCUACGGCGUGGGCAUCGAAAAGCAACUGCACUGGAUAUGUCCGACGAUUGGACUCGGUCUGCUCAACUUCUCCAUUGCGCAAGGUACCAAUGUCUGUCUAGUCUACGUCAUCGACGCAUAUCGACCGGUUGCGGGCGAGAUCACCCUGACCGUGAUGGGCUUCAAAUCUAUGUUUGGCUUCCUGCUGUCUUUCUACACCAACCCAUGGGUCGAGAAGUCCGGAUACAUGGAUGCAUUCGGCGCGAUGGCCGGGAUCUCUGUGGCAGUCCUGAUUCUCUGGAUCCCGCUCUACAUUUGGGGCAAGGACAUUCGCCACGCCUCCUGGCGCUGGCCAAUCCUUUCGUAUAUCCACUGGGAGGAAGAUAGAGAGGUUGGUGAAUGA